CAGAGACACGAACAGUUCACCGUUGGCUAGCCGAGAAGUCGCGAAGGAGAGAGCCAGUAGGCUCAGUCAGCCGCUUCUUUAACCACGAGUGCAUUCUCAUUAUCAGAGCAUUUUUAAUAACAAGACUACUUUUUAACUGAUUACUCUUAAGUUGUUUCAAAGAUGAGUGUCUUGAAAACUUUUCACACAGAUUCAUAAUAUCAAUACGGGAUUUAUCCCGAAAUUUAUUCAUACAUUACUUGAAAAGAUGAUGACAGUGAAGUGCACCAAGUCAUUAAACUUUUAAGUUUUAUUUUGCAUUAAUACAAAUAACCUAAGUACAAAAACAUCAGACUUUACGAUGAUUUUCGUGGCUACAUCGUGUCUUAUAGUUAUUGUCACUCUUCUUAUUACUUCAACUGCAACACCUAUGCCAGAAAGUAAAGUAGCAAACAAAAGAGAUGAUCUUGUUGAAAAAGAACCACGUAAAGUUGGCGUAGAGUUUGAGUCAGCACUUGAAGAAUUAGACGUAGGCAAUAACAAUGGAAGUAAAGACGAUGAUAACGAUUUAGAAGACAUAGAAAAACAUAGUCCACUAGACCCAUGGUCGAUAGUUUGGUAUAUUGGAUCGUUUGGUGGUUUAGUAGCCUUCUUCCUCAUUGUUAGUUGUUCCGAAUGGUGUUGUCGUCGCAGUGCUCGACCUUUAAACACUCCCUACGGAACACAACGUCAUGGUGAAACAGUUAAUUCUAGUCGUGGAGUCACGGAGACACCACCACCACCUUACCAUUUAUUUGCACCACCUCCCUAUGACUCUGUUAACUACGGUGACCUAAUAGACAAGACGUCUGGUGAAAAGAUGAAUAUUUAUGUUAUCUCAGUUCCACUUCAAGGUACAGCACAACCAACACUAGCGUAAGAUACUCUAAAACGGUGCUUGGACCAAGUCAAAAUGGAUGAACCUCUAAAGACCAUGAAGCUUUGAUUGUCAGGGCUAUUUGGAAAGCUGUCACGCUUCGUACGUGAUACAAUUAUUCCGUUUUGGUCAAUCAACAAUGACUUCUGGCUUUUCUAUCAAAUAAAUAUAUAUAUCUAUAUAUACGAUUCGUCUGAUAGUGUUUUUAUAUGACUGUAACGCACUCUCCAUCGUCAAUUGAGUAACAGAAUUGUUAAACCAACUUGUUAUGUUAAUGAACAAUGUAGAUAAAAUAAUAACUGUACUUAUAUGUAAAGUGAUAAGAUAACAACAACAAAAGUAUUGCACUGUCAAAAAUCGUUCUUCUAAGCCAAGUCAUGAGAGUGUAGUAAAAAAACCAAAGAUGUACGACCCCUCAUUUGGCCUCAAUCUGGGCUUUACAAACAUCUUCAAUUGUGCCCAAUUAUAAAGAUUACUUGACUGCCAUGGAAACUGCUAAAAAAUAUAUACAUAAGAAACCAAUUGAAUAGUAAUAUUUUAAAUGGAAUUAAGAGGCAUGAAUGAUGUGAUAUUACCAAUUGCAUAUGUUUUGAGAGAAUGUACUUUUAAAAAAUGUCAAUUAAUUGUUCAUAUAAUUAUUAUCUAUUUAUUUUUUAUACUUUUUAUAAAUAAAGCCAAUGAAAAGAGAA